AAUCAUCAUUUUGAAGUGAUUAAAACUAUAAUAUCUGCUAUUUUCAAUUAGGUUGAGAUAUGGAGGACGAUUCUUGCAAUAGUAACAACACGACUAGCAGCAGUGUGAGCAGAGGAGGGCAUUGGAGGCCGGCGGAGGAUCAGAAGCUCCGGCGACUCGUCGAACAGUACGGCCCUCAGAAUUGGAACUCCAUCGCCGAUAAACUUCAAGGACGAUCAGGGAAGAGUUGUAGAUUAAGAUGGUUUAACCAACUUGAUCCGAGAAUAAACCGGGGACCAUUCACCGAAGAAGAGGAAGAGAAGCUGAUAGCGGCUCAUCGGAUCCACGGCAACAAGUGGUCAUUCAUCGCCAGACUGUUUCCGGGAAGAACAGACAACGCCGUGAAAAACCAUUGGCAUGUCUUGAUGGCAAGAAAGCAAAGGGAAAGAUCCAAGAGAUGCGUAAAGAUCACCCCGAAAACGGCAACUCAUCAUCCAGACAACGAUAACCCCGGAAACGUUAUCGUUCCCUCCGGAAAAUCGAGAAUCGGGUUCGAGGGCAAGACCACGAUAUUCGAAGCGUGGAACCCGACAAGUAAGGACCAAGAACAAGUUUGUCGAGCCAGCUCAUUGUUUCCUCGUACGUAUUACGGUAUAAACUGUCUAGGAUCCAAUGCGUUCUUGGAGAUUCGUAAUCGCAAGAUGACUGUUUCGGGUCCAUUAGGGUACCACAAGGAUGCGACAAAACCUAAUAAAAUGGAUCAAAUUACAAAAUUUCGUGAUAAUAUGCCUGUCUGGGUGAGUACACGAAUGGAUUUGAGACAAGAACAAGGAGCAAGUGAAGGAGAAGAAUCGUCAACAAGAGAAAAUGAAAGUGCUCCUUUCAUCGACUUUUUGGGCGUCGGAUUGUAAAGUUGCUAAUCUAUUAUACCUUUUUUUUUUCCAUAAAAUUAUCAUA